UCGAAUUCAAGAUAACCAACCCCCACAAAUCAAGAUCCUCCCUUUUCCUCACCAUCUCAAUUCUCAAUCAAAUCUCAUCCCAAAGUUUCAAUCUUUCAUCCAUGGCUUCCCUUCAGCAACCUUCAAUCUCCCUUCAAUCAAAGCUCCUCCCAUCUUCCCAACUCACCAGAGCCCUUCCCUCCCUCAACCUCUCCUUCUCAGCCACUUUCCCUUCACUCAAACUCACCACCUCUCGCCCUCUCCAUGGCGGCGCUAAAAUGUCCGCCACAGCCGCUUCCAGCUAUGCCACCGCUUUAGCCGACGUAGCCAAGUCAAACAACUCCCUCGACACCACCAGCUCCGACGUCGAGAAAGUCGAGAAAGUCUUCUCCGACACUCAAGUCCUCGACUUUUUCACUAACCCCACCGUCGAUAUCCUCAAGAAGCGUCAGGUUUUGGACGAAAUCGUCAAAUCAUCGGAGCUUCAGCCUCACACUGCCAACUUCUUGAACAUCCUGGUUGAUGCCAAGAGGAUUGACCUCAUCAAAGAAAUCGCCAAGGAGUUUGAGAUGGUUUACAAUAAGCUGACGGAUACUGAGUUGGCCGUGGUGAGUUCGGUGGUGCCAUUGGAGUCUCAGCAUUUGGCUCAAAUUGCUAAACAGGUGCAGAAGCUAACCGGUGCUAAGAAUGUAAGGAUUAAAACUAAGAUUGACCCAAGUUUGGUAGCUGGGUUUACCAUCAGGUAUGGGAGUUCAGGGUCAAAAUUGAUUGAUAUGAGUGUUAAGAAACAAUUGGAGGAGAUUGCUGCUCAGCUUGAAGUGGGUGAUAUUCAACUUGCUGUAUGAGCUUUGCAUUCUUUUUGAAAAUUCGGAUUGGAACUUUUUUGUUCUUAUUGUAAUUGAAAUUCAUACUCUUAAUGUCAAAUGUAUGAACUUUCUCUAAGC